GGUACGACGACCACAAGCGUGCUAUCCUUACUAUUGUUCAUGUUAUGCUGCGGUGUUGUACAAGGAGGUGUAGGACGAGAUGCCUGGCCACGGCGGUGCUGUCCUGCAAGUUCUGGCAGGAGCACAGAAGCGGUCUGGUCCCGUCGCCUCUAACUAUACUCCGUUACGGUACGGCUCUACAGGCCGAAUCAACCCACACAAACACACACGCCCACGCCCACUCAAAAUCAAGAUUUAAUGAAGCGCAACGAGAACUGUAAUGAAUGGAUUGAAUCGCAUUCUUCUAUUCUGCCAGUUUAUGUGCGGAAGGAAGAUCUCCUCCCCGCUUCACAUGAGAAAAAGAAAGAAAAGAAGGCAACGACGGCGUUCUUACUUGGUAACGCCGUCAGCGCCAUCUCGACGUGUAUGCUUGUAUCGUCUCUCUUGGACAACAACAAGGCCAGCAGCUGCACCUCUUUGGCGCAGAUUUUUUUUGUUUGUCGAAGUGCUUCCCCGUUUUUUGUGGCCUUUCUCUCUGCAGUUUCAUCCUCCUCUACGCCCUUCCACAUCCCCCCCUCCUCCUCCUCGAGUUUUUGUUUUGCGCUCCCUUCGCUUCCUGCGCCUCAGUGGACACAGAGCGACAUCCACACAAGUUUAGCGAGAGAGCAGCGCAUCGCCUCCCCUCCUCUCUCCCUCUUCCUCUAUCUUCCUUUUCCUUUUCUCUCUGUAUUCUUCUUUUUUUUUUUUAGCUUUGCUUCCUGUAGAGAUCGAUCUUCCUCGUACACUGCGAUUGCCGCCGCUUUUUUCUUUCUGCGCUGUCUCUCUCUCUCCGUGUGUGUGUGUGUGUGUGCGUGUAUGGCGGUGCUGCCCCAUUCAUGGUUCAUUCGUAUUACUAUUACUCAAUUACGUCUCUGUUAUCUAACUAUAACAACGGCAGAAGCGAAAAGAGAUUCUCUCGCAUCAUCUCUUCCGCCUUUGUAUUUCGUACAGCUCCUUUUUUUUCUCUGUAUUGCAUUGCCUUGUAUAUAUUGAUUCGUUCAACGCUGAGUGCGUGUGUGUGAGUGUGUGUUGUGUGGGCACGUGUAAGGUACACGCUGUUGGUGGCUCCUCGCUUGCCGCGGCCCCGGCACGCUUAGCAAAAAAAAGGAAAACUUUAAACAACAGCGAGAAAGAGAUGACGAAGCGCUGUCGUGUCCUCCCACCAUACUGAGGUAACGGCAUUUCUUUCCCGCGGAGAAGACAAAGACAAUAAUAAGGACGAAAAAUACUUCCUAUACGUUAGAGCACCGGUCACUCUAACAGAAGAGCAGCGCGGCUCGUCAAACACCACCACCACCACCACCAACAUCGUCAUCGUCAUCGUCACAGGUGCAUAAAGGAGAUAUAAUUGAAAAGUGUAGUGAUUGCAGAGCGACAACGCCCCGCCCCGCCCCGCCGCAACGGUUGCAGCGGAGUCUCUUUUCGCGGAUCAUCCGGAGUGAAGACCCCAGCGGCUUUCGUGCUUGUCGAAGCCGUUGGGCAGAAGAAAAAGGAAAGAAAGACCCCCCUCUUUCGCUCUCAAGUAGCUGUUGUGUUGUGCUUGGGGACACUAUGAGCUGCACUCCUCCUCUCCCGCCCCUUCGCACCACCGCGGAGCGCUGUCCCUGCCUCGAUGCACUGACGCGGCUGGACGACCCGUACAGGUGGAACACGGAGGGUGACCCUUCGCUGCUCUUCGUGAACACCACAGUCUCCCCAGGUGCACCUGCAGGACAACACAACGUGUCCAUCAACGCCGCCGCCGGAGCAGCGUCACUGCCGCAGGAGCGGUUUGUUGGUAAGCACGGCGCGACGCGUCACCCCACCACCUCGACCGGGGUGCCGGAUCCGCAGAGCCCCAUCGUGCGGUUUUACCCGGUGGAUGGGCCGUCUUUGACGUCCACGUCCGCGCCGGCCGGAGUCGUGGCGCAGCAGACCUUCCUCGCUGCUCUCAUCGACCGCUUCAUGGCGCUGCUGAUGCCCUCGACGGAGCGCCUCCUACGCGUGCGUGCGGCGCUGAAAGGGCUGCGGGACAGCCUUGGCGGGGUCUCACCCUCCGCCUCUACACCGGCUGCCGCACCGCCAACUUCGCCCAGCUACCCAUCCGACCUCUCCGUCUGGGCCUCGCAGCGGCUGUCGAACACCUCGGAGACGGCGCUGGUGCCGCCGCGGCUGUGCGUCACGGGCGUCGCGGACGCCGACGUGGACGACGUCUUCCAGUUCCUGCUGCACCGCGACGCCGCGAUGGCCCGAUGCGGGUCCUCCGGCCUCGAGCCGGAUCGCCGCUCCGGCCUGCACAGCGCCGGCUCCGCGAUGCGGCUCCCCCGGCCCGACAGCGGCUGGGCAACGCCGACGCACCUCCCACCGUGGCCCUCUGCGGCACAGCGGCGACCACGCAUAGAUGUGUACUCGUCCACGGCAGUAGCGGGAAGAGGAGAGACCGCAGGGGGUGACGGCGCGGCCACCCGCAAUGGAGCAAAUCCCUUCCCGGCGGUGUCGCCCACCGACAGCGCUGGGAUGGCGGUCUGGGGCAGUGGCCUGCUGUCGUCGAGCAGCACCACGCUGAGCGACGAUGCGGCGGCGAUGGUUGUGACGCCUCCUCUGAGCUCCUUCCCCACUACCCCACCUCAUCCCUUGUCGGGGUUCGCGCGGGUCAUGACGGAGGUGGACCGAGGGCGUAGCACCGACACCCUCUCGCCGGGACAGCUUGCGCUGCCCACGCUGCAGCACCGCGCAGAGUCCGGCAGUUCGUCGGCGUUCACGCGCGAACGAUAUGCGGAGCUGCCGCCGAUGGAGCGUAAUGGCAUCCCCCACACUGUCUUCGCAGCCUCCAAAGCAGGGGGACCGGCGGCAACCACCACCGGCCCCAGCCCCACCACAAACCCCACUACCACCACCACUGCCGCGUACCCCUGCGCCCGCUCUCCUCACCCGCCGCUGCCUGCCGCCCCGGCAAACAACAACCUGCGGACCGCCAAGUCCUCCCCGUAUUUGGAGUCCGACACCCUCCGCUCGUCGCCAGUCUUAGCCGGCCUGCAGCGGGAGAGCAGCGGCGGUGGCGGCGUGGUGGCAGCAGGAGAGAGCACGGAGCUGUCCACGUCGCCGCCUCCGGUGCCCACUGAACGCACGGGCAAUACGGUCGUGAUGUGCGGCGCGGCGGACACGGAGGGUGCGGGGGAGGAGGCGGCCGACGCGGCGAGUUUAUCAUCUACAAUUCCUGAUUUGGGCGACACGACGCCGCCGACGGUGGCGCUGCGGACGUCGUCGAUGGUGCACCGCGUGCCCACCACAGCCACCGACGCACGCGCCCCCCUCCCGUACGUUGCGUCGCCUCUCGCCUCCCCCGUCGAGACCGGCGCCCCCUUCCGCCGCCGCACCGCCGUCCAAAGCGGUGAGCCGCCCACCGUGUUGCUGAACCGCACUGCGUCGCAGCACUCCGGGUCGGGUGAGCCUCAGCGCUCACUUCGCAGGGCGGCCAGCGGUGCUAGUCGCAGCGGACGCGAGGACUCGACGGUGCUGUCGCCCGGCUCCUCCUUCUCGCCGGCGGCGACGCGGUUUGUGCGGCGGCUGCGACGGCGCAGCGUCGCCUUCACCGCCGCCCAACUGCGCCUCACCGCCUGGGAUCUCUUCCACCCGGAGCGGCUCACCGAGCAGGACCGCGCCUUCUUGCGGGCGGCGCGGAACUCCAUCUCGGCGGUGACCUCCCCGGAGCUGGUGGGCCGCUCCCAGAGGCGUGGGGGCGAUGAAGGGGAUGCCGCUGGUGGUGGAGCCGGAGCUGCCGCCUGCGUGCCGCGUCGUCAGAGCUCGCCGCAGCUGUCGCCCAAGGCGUCUCCCGUCGGCGGUGGGGCCUCGUCCUCGGGGACGGGUGCGCUGCCGUGGAUGGUCGGCAUCAGCGAGGACGGGAUGCUGCGCUGCGAGGCCCCGCCCAACGCGCACACCGCCGCUUCCGUCACGGCGUCCCUGCCCGUCGCCACCACCUCGGACUACUGCCUGCUCUGCAUUCCGUUUGAGGCAGCGUGCUGCUUGCCAAGGGAACCUUCCAGCGGUGGAGGCCACAGCCCAGCGGCUGCGGACUGUUUUCCUGGUGCCGCCGCGAACACAGACGAGGUGACGCGGGCGCUGAAUGUGCUGUUUGGCCCUUUUGCCGGCUCGCGGCCGCGACGGCGAUCGGCGCUGCCGGCCACGUCCGUUUUUGUAACCCCAGAGAACCCCGGCAGCCCCGCUGCUGCUGCUGCGACGGCGGUGGGUUUUGCCAGCAAUCGUGGUGGCAGCAGUGCGGGGGACAACCAGGUCGCCUCCCUCUCCUCGCCGCCGUUCUCUACCCUCGUCUCGCCGACCCGUGAAGCGGUGGGCACGUUCGUCUUUCCGGCGCUGGGUCGCGUCGGGAGCGGCAGCGAGGUGUGGCCGCGGGAGUCCGAGCGGUCGUGGCGCAGGACUCCGUCGCCGUCGCUGGAGAGGUCCGUCGAUAGCGAGCACCGCAGUGGUGGUGGCGGAGGGGGCGGUGCGUUGGAUGGGUGGCCGUCGCGUGCGCCGGCGGCGGAGUCACCCGGCCACGACGGCCUCUCCAGCGUGAGUGCCCGCAACGUCGCAUUGUUUUUGCGCAACGUGACGGAGCGUCUCGGCGGUGGCGGCGGCGGUGAUGGCGGCAGCACCGUGGACGACUCGCAGUCCUCCGUCGCGCCGGGUGCGUUGCUUGCGGCUGCGACAGAGGAGUGGCUGUGCCCACUGCGGCAGGCAUUGGUGCAUCGGGUGGUGUUCGUCCUCGUAAACUCGACGCCCCCUUCUUCCUCGCCUCCAGCGGAGUCACCGUCGCUCCCUCGAAAGCCGUCUGCGGCCCACGCGACGGUGGUUCACAACUUUGUCUCCUUUGUGCAGCGGCGCUACGGCGUCGCGGUGCCGCCGUGGCGCGUCGUGGUGUUCAGCUACCGCGACAGCGUCAUCACCCGCAACUUCUUGCUCUCUUAUUUCGCCGAGGCACACACGCCGUUGCCGCCGUCGCAGCAGCAGGCGGAGGGCGUUGCAUCGACCACCAGCGGGCCGUCAAGAGACCGGCACGAUGGCACCCCGGCCAACGGAGGCACACCAGCUGGCGCGAAGAAACCCUCCCCGCUCAAUCCCCUUCUCCCACGGUUGCCGCCGCUCCUCGCGAACGGCAGACGAGGGAGCACACUGCAGCGGCUCACGACGCUGGUGCCCACCCCGCCCGACACCAACGCACCCGCCUCGACCGCUUCGCUGCGAGGACCGCGGCGCAGCUCGCACAGCAGCUUCGUCCGGUCCAACUCGCAACUUACCCUCACCAACGCGCUGCCAGGUAGCGCCGACGACCCCUGUGCGAGGUCGCACCCGGAUAGCGAACAGGAGGAAGGCGGGGAGGUGGCGGCGCGGCAGAGUGAGGACAACGCGCAGGACCCUGCUCGCGCGACAAACGUGCUUUUUGCGUUGCUGACGAGAGACGUCACCGUCCCUCCGCUGUCGGACUCCAUGACGGUGUACGCGCCGUUGAUGUCCUACACAAGCAGUCUCGCCGCAUCGAUAAUGCCGCCUGUCCCAUCGCCACCCGUGUGCAGGUCGACGACGUCGCUGCCGUCGCUGCGGCACGUCGCUGACGCUAAAGAACCGCGUGAGGAGGAAGACGAUAAAGCAGUCCAUUCGACCCCCACCCCCACAACAGUAUCCAUGCCCGCCACAGGACCAAACGAUGGACCGUUGUCCAGUACUGGGAGGCACCGCGCGUCCGUUCGCCCUCUGUCUCUCCUCACAGCAUCGGAGGAGCGACCACAGCGCGAGGUCACGACAAUGACGAAAGAGGAACGGGGGCGCAGCGCAAUGGCGUGCAGGCAUGCGCUAAAGGUGAUGUGGAAGGAAAGCGGUGCUGCAGCUCUCAACAGCGCUUUUCGCCUCUUCGAGCACGACGCCGCUGCGCAUCGCACCUCCCACGCCGCCUUCUCGCUGAUGGCGUGGUCUUGUCAGCUGGGGACGUUACUGCCGGCCGCUUUGAAGGAGGCACAGUUGCUGUGCCGACGUCUGCGCCGCAGCCGCCGACGCGCGGCGCAAAAACAGGAGAAGCUGCAGAAGAGCAUCGACCUGCACGUCAGCGACAGUCCAGCGAAGAGCAUCGCGGCGGUGGAGGCGCGCGUGCAGGCGGGCUUCGCGGCCAUGACGCGGCGCUUCGCCCACGACGUGCGGCGGCUGCUCGUUGCCCCGGCGGCGUCGCAGCCCGCUGCGGCAACUCGAGCAGCGGCGCCGUUUUCGGCCUGCAGCGGGUCUGCCGCCGCCACCACCACGACCGCACCCUCCUCCGCCUCUUCAUCGCGGCAGCGCGACAAGUCUUCGUACCCGCCGCUGGAUGCACUGCGCGUGUACGAGACCCCCGCGUUGCGUGACGCGUACCGCCGCCUGGUCUACCACGCGCAGCAAUUCCGCGACUUUUACCUCCACGGUCAGCUCCCGUCCGAGACCGGCGGCGAGGCGCAGGAGCACGACCGAGACGGGAUGGAUGGCGCGCAGCAGCGAAGCAGCCGUGCGGAGGGCGGCGAGAAAGGCGGGGAGGGCGCGGCGGGGGUGGGGCGGUGCGCCUCCCUGUACGAGCGCCGCUACAACGCGUUGUGUGCGCAGGUGGAGGCGCUGUCGACGACCACCGUGGAGGGUCCGCGAGAAGAAAGGAGUGCCAGUCCGCCAACGAGCGCGUCGACCUCCCCGCGAGCCGCCAGCGUGCUGGCUGCCCAGGCGCCCCUCGCGCUGCCCUCCGGAGGCCCACGGAGUCGCGUGUCGCCACCGGGGUCACCGCCGGGGCGUGCGAGCGAGUUCGCCGAGGAGCCGGAGCGGCGCCCGAUGCCACGCGUCGACCGCAGCACGCCUCGUGAGCGGCGCGUUUCGAUGAUCGCGAGCGUCGGUUCCUCAGCUUCCGCAUCGCGUCGGAACAGCUCGACGAGCAGCUGCCUGCGUCCUUCACCGGUGGAGACAGAGGCGAAGACGGUGUCGGAGGUGGGGACUGCCGGUGUUUCGCCCAGCGACCGCAUCCGUGACGGCAACACGGGCGCGCAGAUGAAGGAGGGAGAUCUUUCGAACGAGGCUCUACUACCGCUACGCCACGCGGGGCUUCUGCAGCGUCGUAUGCGGAUGGAGCACCAGCUCAUCGCGCACGUCUCGCAAAUCAACACGGAGAUCAUCAAUUUUUUCCUCUCCACCUGUGUCGCCGCGCUGCCGCACAUCCAACGCAGCUGCGUGCAGGCCGAAGUGGAGCGGCUGGCGGAGGCGCAUGCGGAGAUGUACUCUGCGUUUGCGACCACCAUGUACAGCCACAAGGACGCCGCGGUGACGGUGUCGCGCAUGUACGCCAACCUCGAGCAGUGGACGGCGGAGGUGGGGCCGCUGCUGUCCAUGGCGCGCUCGCGACAGUAUCUCGAGAAGUUCAUUGCCCAGCUGCGUGCUGUGCUGUGCGAGGAUCAGAUUCGCGGACUGGCCGCCCAUCGCCGCAGGUGUGAGGUGAGGAGCAACGGCCAGACCGCAAAGCUGACCAACGCAAAUCUGACUCGCUACUGCACCUCGAUCGAAAAACCUGACCAACGCGCAGAGGACAAAGCGAGGAAAGAGGAGUCGACGGUAACAGCUGCAGCCGCAGCCGCAGCAGCGAGGCAGCCGUCACAGCGCAACCCAUGGACAUCCUCCUCCGCAGACGCCUCGAAGUUCACCGGUGCCGCUGCAGCGGCUGGUGCCAUUCCCUCCACAGAGGUUGGGCUGCGCUCGGCACGGCUGCUCCUCUACUUCACACGCCUUGCCUGUAAAGCCGCUCCCCUGACCGGCAACAGCACCAGCGGUGGCGGCGGCGGCGCGGUCUGUCCGCCACACCCGCGCGGUUUGGAGAGCACGUCGUUUGUGCAGUCCCCCUCGAUGCGGCAGCCGCGGCCGACGAGUGCAGCCUCCACACUGACGUCGCACACUUCCAUCUCGCGUAGGCGCGGCGGCAACGGCGGCGACCUCGACGACACGGCCUCCUUGAUGAGCAUGUCAGCUGCGUGGAACAGAGAGGAGGAUGCGCCGCGCAGCGCCGGCCUCCUUGCCGGGUCCAUCAGCCGUCGCUCUAACCGGCGGUGCGACGAGGACGCAGCGAAGGCGGGCGGUGAUGGCGGGGUGCUGGAGUCCUUUUAUGCUGCGUCAAGCCCGCCCUGCAUGGGGGCGGUGUCGGCGCAGUUGACGGCCGCGCUGGGCGGGGCCCCGAGCGAGCCUGCGGCGCCGCCUUCGGUCGGGUCCGCGAUGGCCCUCUCCCUCUCACGGCACUCCCGGCGCGGCCACACGACGCUGACCGCGUCGGAAGACUCCGUCUUGACCUCCUCCGCCGCGCCGACUCCACCGCUCGCUUCGCACAGCAAGCGGUGCCCGUUGCAGCAGCGCCACAGCCGUGGCAGCAAAGGCACUGCGGACGACGCAGCCGCGGCGGGUGUGUCCGACAGCGCCACCACGACCACGACCCCAGUCAAUGCCGCAUGGUUAACUCGCUUGAAGAAGUGGCGUGCCCGGCUGCCGGAGUCGGAGCGGCCGGCGGACAUCACCGCGGCACCGCUGCUGUGGCUGUUGCUGGACACGUGGGAUGAGACGCUGCUGCGUUUGCCGUACGGUCUUCUCCUGCAUCUUGACACCGCACGUUACGCCGCGUUGCUGAACUCGCUGAGCAAGCCGGUGAUGGAGGCGCAGCUGGACUUCAGGGCACGCCUCACGGAGACCUCAGCGAUCGCGACAACGCAGCUGACGGAGUUGGAGAGCGACCUGACGCGCCUGCAAGGCGACAACGGCGAGCUUCGCAUGGAUUACGUCGCAGCGCUGAGGUCCAUCUUCGACGAAGCCACCGUCCUGGCGACGCCGCCAGACGAGGCGGUGCACGCGCGUUUCUUUGCGUAG